AUGGCCUCAAAAGGACAUCUGCUGCGGCAAUUGUGCCGCCAACAAUGCACUGGGGCUCUGCGACAACAUGUCCGCCAGUUUGCAAGCUCCAAUCGCCGGAGUACAGAUGGUGUCUUCCGGGCCUUGACUGGCGAGCGCGUCCAGAAGCCAUGGGUUGAAGCAUUUCGAGAACAGGGCCAGGGCAUUAUUGAAGGCUCAACACCUACUCAGACUCCCACAGAUCGUAAUCUCUCGCCCAAAAAGAUGUCCGACUCGUAUCACAGCGUUGUUCUGCCGCUUGCGCAAGAACCUUGGUUGCUUGACACAUACAUGAAUGCAUCCGGCCAUAUACGCAUAGGAACCAUCCUCAUGGACCUUGAUGCACUUGCCGGAGUCGUGGCUUACAAGCAUACUGGCGACGGAGUGACGACCGUCACCGCCGCUUUUGACAGAAUCACGAUCAAUCAUCCUCUGACAGAAGUAUGCGACCUAGAGUACAGCGGACAGGUGACAUACGCUUCUGGACGUAGCAGCAUGGAAAUCACAUUACAGGUGGCAAAGGCUCCUCCCGCAGGCCAAAAGCCAAAGCCAGAAGACAUUAUGAUCACAGCCAAGACCACUAUGGUCUGUCUUGAUCCGGCAACGAAGAAGCCGGUCAACAUUGCUCCAGUACGAACCGACACAGAAGACGAAAAGAAAAUGUUUGCGGUCGGUGAGAAGAAUAGCAAGCUGAGGAAAGAAUUGGCACAGAGGUCUCUCCUCAAGCAGACGCCCAACGAUGAGGAAAGUGAUCUCAUCCACGCAAUAUGGCAAAAGCAGCUGCAGUACCAUGAUCCUCAUGAUCCACUUCGAAAGCCCGCCAAUGCUCAUUUCAUGGAUGCCACCCAACUUAGGACAGCCAGCAUCAUGCAGCCACAGUAUCGCAAUCGACAUCACUUUAUGAUUUUUGGAGGGUAUCUACUGAAGCAAACAUUUGAGCUUGCUUUCUGUUGUGCUGCCAGUUUCGCGCAUACCAGGCCAACCUUCGUUUCGCUAGAUCCAUCGACAUUUCAAAACCCAGUGCCAGUCGGAUCGGUGCUGUACAUGACCUCUACGGUGGUGUAUACCGAUCCUCCUCUUGUAGCUGGACAGAAUGACCCGGCAGAGCAAAGCGGCAAGAAGUCAGAGCUCACCCGUGUUCAGGUGCGAGUUGACACAAAGGUUCGAGAUGUUGAACAUGGUACGGCGAAGCCCACAGGACAGUUCAACUACACCUUUACAGUGGAGAAGGACAUUAAAGUCAUUCCCAGAAGCUAUACUGAAAUGAUGAUGUACGUAGACGCUAGGAGACGGGCACAGAGCAUCAGAGAGACCGUGAGACAUGGUAAUGCAGACGCUGGCAAGCAGGAACGCAUCACAGAAUAGUCCUCUACGAUCUAUUGCCCCUAUCCG